AUGUACACGGGGCCCGGCGACUCCCCUCGGCUAGAUAGCGUGGGUGUGGCACCGGAGGUGAUCCAGGAGUGGGUGAAGGGAAUCACCGGCGAGGACGCUCCAUUCGCGGAGCUGCCCCCGGGGGCACCAUCCCUUCACGCCGGCGUCACGGGCCUCCACGACAUCAUCGGCAGCUACCCACCCUGCAACGAGUGGGGGCUGAUGUCCGAUCCCCCGGUCCCAGCCCCAAAGCCUCCGCCACCCGCAGCCCGUGGGAAGCAAGUGGCCGAGGAGAGCGAUGGGGGAUCGGAUUCCAGCUGGCCCGGCAGCGAGUCCUCCGGCGACGAGGCUGGCGGCGUUGCCGGGGCCAGGACAGUCCUCCCCGAUGCGGAGGCGGAGGGCGAGGACGACGUGCCGCUAGUGCGGCGACCAAGGGCGCCGGCGGCCGCAGCUUCCUCUGCAACGGCUGCGGGCGCCCCGGCGGUUGCCGCGGCAACUGGGGCUGCGGCAACUCCACGAGGGUCCGCGGCCCCGCCAAAGCGGGGAAUCUUCACGGGUUACUCGCCCAGGCUCAACCCCCCAAGGGACAGCGCUUCGGCCGGAGCCGGCAAGAGGGGAGAACCGACACUGCACCCGCCGAGCCUAGCAAGAAGCCGCGCACCCAGGCCGGUGCCAGUACGCGGGUCAGCGACACCGCCACUACGUCCGCCGCCGACCCAGUCCCAGAGGAGGAGCCCGCAGCAGGCGAGACCUAGCCUGCUGGGGACAGUCCGGCAGCAGAAGCCGGGACAGAUGGGGACUAGCCUCCCCCCACAAGCACGGCGACCCCGCAAGGUGCUUAUGAAACUCUUCAUUGUUGAGGUCUUCUCCUUUGCUUCCCAGUUGGUCGAGUACUUUGUUAUAAUAGGAGUUAUCGCGGCGGUCUUUUACUUCUUCCUGAAGCAACUCUCACAAUGUUCUGAUGGAGAGCAUGAAACAGUUCAGGAUCAACAUACAAGUAGCAGUGAAACAGAACCAAUUCUAACAAACAAAAAGGUGGUCAUGGGCUACGGAGCAAUGGAAGAGCAACCUGAGUCGAGCAUGUGCUCUGCCUCAGCGGAAGAUUUGUACAGCGAGAGUGUGUGCAAAAUCUGCUACGAUGCAGCUCGGAGUUGCUUCUUUAUACCUUGUGGCCAUGGUUUUACCUGUUUUACAUGUGCAAGGAGGAUCAUGGAAGAUGAAAACAAGACCUGCCCAAUCUGUCGAAGGCUCGUUCACAGAGUAAGAAGGCUGGAGAUUCCUUAGAUCAAUUAGUACGGUGUAUUAAUGUUAAAUUGUUGGGCAAUUGUCUUCUUUCUUUCGGAUGAUAUAGAAUCAUCUGGGCUUUAUGGGCUCAAUGGUGAAGAUCGGUAUCAGCUGACGGUGAGGAUUCUAUAACCAAAAAAUAUAUUGACACCGCACAUGUCCAAUAAUGUGACAAAUACAGUAUCUUGUGAUAUAGGAAGCUUAGGCUAACUUAAAUGUUCAAGGUGAGAGGCUGUAAAGCGUUUGUUCAAGAACAAGAGUGCUGCUAGGAACUGGGCCUCAAAUUUGCUAGACCCACCAGCAAUUCAAGUACUCAACACUGUUUUAUCGGCUUAUACAUUUUUGUUUGCCUCAAAUACUGCUACUUCAGUAUUUGUGUUGGGAACACACAUUUUGUUCCUGGCAGAACCCUGUUAGUUUUUUAAUCGCAGAAACAUAAUCCUGGUGCUUUUGUCGCCU